UCAAAUUGAGUCUUUGGUUCUUUCGACUGUUGUCUAAUCUUCUCUCUGACUUGAAUAUCGAAGGAUGUCCGUCGGAGAUAUCUCUGAUCAACGAAGACUUUCUUUGCGGGUGCUGUUUUCGACGAUGAGGCGACGAGGGGAUUGGCUGCACCAGAUAGAUUGCAUCACGGAAAGAAGAAAGAUGAAGGGCGGAUUUGCGCGGGGUUUUGGCACCUCUUGCUUCUAUCCCGGCAGCGAUGUCAAUGGUAACCGUGGCCCUUCCGCUGCCACCCAGGCCCCACGGCGAGUAUUGAGAUCCCCAUGAAGAUCGGAUGUCGAGGAGUUCUACCCCGCUGUGCUCUCAAGAGAUCGAAAGCAUGAGCAAGAGCAAGAGCACACCAAAUGUUUGAUGAAAUACCCCUCUAGUGGUGAUAAACCUCUUGCACCGUUUGCAGGGGGAGCCUAAAUUCUUCUUCUUCUUUUUUUUUCUAAAUUGUUCUCUCCUCUUCCCUCACCACCUCCUUUCCUUCUGCACACUAGCGCCCGACUCAUCGCCUACAGCAUCCUCAUCAUGGAGAUGAGUGAGGGUCUAGAAAUAGGAGGUCAAAGAGAUGCUCAUGGCACCAAGAAGUGGAGACGGAUGUGGUUGGGUCCUUCGGGAUUGAAGAAAAAGCGGAAAAACUAACAUAGCCAGUGACAGUCUAUAGGUAUCACCUUGUCCGAAGGAUGGGUUCGGAUUAUUCUUUCCCUAUUGGGUUGUUGCCAUCAGAGAAAUGGGUGUUCGGCAUGUGUUGGUCGAUGAACUGGUGAAGGAAAUCCGUCGAACAAUUCUUGGUUUCUUGAGGGAAUCAUUAUUGAGCAAAAAUAGUCAUUGUUCUUUGGAUUGCACCCAUUGGGGAAAAAGCCUUUGGUCAAGGAAACCGCCCAUGGCAGAGGAAUCUGAGGAUUCUCAGAAAGAUAAGGAAUUUCAAAGAGGGGAACAUAGGAAGAUGGAGGGGUUAUACUGGAGGUUUCAAAGGGCAUUGGACUCUCAUGAUUGGGAACUUGCUGAGAGCUUGAUUUUGUCAAUCGAUCUACAAUAUCAUAACAUUGGGCUUUGUAUGGUGGUAAGUAGUAUUUGGUUUCUAUACACACCAAGAUUUGGACAAAGCUACUCACUUGAUUAAAAGGAUUGUCUCAAAUGGAGCACAUGAUUUCACAAAGGUGACUUGUCAGAGACGUCUUUUCUUGCAUUGUGAAUUUUGGCUCCUCUAAAUUGCACAAUGAGCUUUCCAAAUACCAAAACCGGCAUGAUUAAGAGUUAACCAUGGCUGGUCAUCUGGAGUAGCAAGAGAUGCUGUACCGGAGUUACUAGGUUUCUUGGUGGAGGGGGGUGCAGAAAAUGUAAACCAAUACUUCAUGAAAGCUACUCGAUUUGGGAGCACAGAACUUGUAAGCAUUUUAUUGCAGCUGACUCAGGCUAGAGGUUUGCAUGUGAACGUAAAUCUUGCCCUUUGUGUUGCCUCUGAAUACUCUAACAUCGACACCGUGGAGUGUCUCAUCACAGAGGGGCAUGCAACGUCCUUCUUGGGGCCCCUGAUGAUGGCUGCCAGGAAUGGUUGUGCCCCAGUUGUCCAGUGGUUUGUCAAGCGAGGAUGUGCUGAUAUGGAGCUCUGUUAUGCACUCACUGCUGCCACAUCAAGUAAUCAAGUUGCCAUCAUCACCUCCCUCCUCCAAUGCAUCCCUCAGCAGAUGCUCAACCUUUUCAGCUUUGGGAUCCUGAAGUCUGUGGGGGAGGAGAGACCUGAUUCUUUCCAAGGUGUUAACUUUCUUCUUAGUUCUGAUCUUCUCCGAGACCCUAUUGCAACGUAUGCAUUUACCAACAGUCUUGCAACAUCAAAUGAGGGGAUCAUCACAACUGAGCUGAGAGUUUUCUUACUUGAUCUUUGGUCGGUGGCGCAUUUGUUGAGGGAAUGAGAGCUGGAGAGGACC